CGUACUUCCUCUGCUUUGGUUUCGCCAAACCAGCAGAGUCGCAGCGAGGAACAGACGCACCUCACAGCGCUCAUGGGAGGACGAAGACCACGCUUUUCAUUGCAAAGUGAGGGGGGACACGUCCACGGACACAAAAUGGAGUACAAUUAUGACGACCACAUCCAACUUCUGUUGGCUCAUAUGAACAUCGAGGACAUCAUCAACGCCGCCGAGAGCCUCUAUCAGCUGGAGGAAAAAGACGAGGACGGGGGCUUGUCUUUGGAAGGGCAGGCUCUGUCCCCCGUGCGAAUGGACGGCGGCGAAGAGGCGGGAGAAUUUGCCUGCCAGCCGAAGGACCACACCAACGGGGAUGGCGGCGUGCGGUACGGGACCGUGACGGACCUCCUCUCCUUUGUCAACCUGCUCUCCGACACGCAAGCCACGGCCCUGCAGCACCCGUCCGAGGAGACGGGGGUCCUGCUGAACAAAAAGGACCUGGCGGUGAAGAACGGCCGCUACAAGAUCAACAAGGACGUGCUCCUGUACGCCUGGCAGCUGACCUACAGGAGUCGAGGCUCGGACCUGGUCCCAAAGGGCUCCUUUGGGAAAGUCCACUUGGCGCAGGACGUGACCACACGCAAGAGGAUGGCUUGUAAACUGAUCCCGAUGGAGAAUUUCCGAGGAGCCGACGUGGAGUUCCAGGCUCGCUUCCGCCAUGAGAACAUCGCCGAGCUCUACGGGGCGUUGCUGUGGGAGCAGAAGGUGCAUCUCUUCAUGGAGGCCGGCGAGGGCGGCUCGGCCUUGGAGAAGGUCGACAGCUGCGGGCCGAUGAGGGAGUUCGAGGUGAUCUGGGUGACCAAGCACAUCCUGAGAGGCCUGGAGUACCUCCACUCGCACAACGUCAUCCAUCACGACAUCAAACCCAGUAACAUUGUCCUGAUGUCAGACAAGGCCGUCCUGGUGGACUUCGGCCUCACCGUGCAGAUGACAGAAGAUGUCUACAUCCCCAGAGACUUGAGAGGAACCGAGAUGUACAUGAGUCCCGAGCUGGUGUUGUGUCGCGGGCAUGAUACCAAGACCGACAUCUACAGUUUGGGCACCGCUAUCAUUCACAUGCAGAGCGGCAGCCCCCCCUGGGUGAGGAGAUACCCACGCACCGCCUACCCGUCCUAUCUCUACAUUAUCCACAAGCAAGCACCCCCCCUGGAGGACAUCGCGGACAACUGCAGCCAGGCAAUGAGGUCCUUCCUGGAGCGGGCCCUGGAGAAGGACCCGGCCCUGAGGAGCUCGGCUUCGGACCUCCUGAAGGACGACGCCGUCAACCCGCCCAAGGAGGACCAGCCUCGGUGCUGGAGUCUGGACUCGGCCCUGGAGGAGGCCAACCAGGCCGUGUUUCACCAAAACAACAAGCAUGAUGAUGCCACAGAAGACUCGUCCCUGUACGCUGAAGUCUCGGGCCCCUUGAAGAGAAAUGGCUCCCUGUACCUCGACCUGGGGGCCCUGUCCGGUCACUGCCCGCUAGUGACGGGGCCCCCGGCUUCAGAGUACGUCUGAAUCAGCUGAUGGACUCAGACAUUUAUUCUUGUUUCAAUGGAAGAUUGUUUUUUUUUUUUACAUUUUUUACAUCUUCAAGUAUGGAACCAUUUAGUCCUUCGUGGACUUCCUCAUUUUGAUUCCUGUGGAAUAAGAAUAGCAUAUCGCGUGUAUUAUCGUACAUCCUGUGAGAUGAGGCCUUUGUGCUUUUUUUUGUUGUUGUUGUUGUUGAAAAGGAGUACAUUGCAGAAAGUGUUUUUGCUUUUAUUUUGUAUUUUACUUUGCGACUUUAAUGUGAAAGGGGCGACUUCACCCUUUGUUCCUGAAAGCUUACAACCAAAUAUUUUAUUUUAUUUAUAAUGUAACAAUAAAAAAAAAAAACCAAAGUGUGUCAU